AUGAAAAUGGAAGAAAACACAAAGUUUAACCAGAAAUUGCGAAACCACCUCGUGCAAUAUUCCUCCUCCACUAGCAUCCACGGUUUUAAAUAUCUCACCGAAAAACGGUCGAAAAUCGAAAAAACAAUCUGGUCCCUGAUGCUCUUAAUUUUACUAAGUGGCUGCAUGUUUAUGAUUUACAAAGUGUACCAUAAGUACGAAAGUUGCCCCGUUGUUGUAAGUUUUUCAACGAAAGAUACACCCCUGUACCAAAUCCCGUUUCCUGCCGUCACGAUUUGCCCCGAAUCGAAAUAUUCGCGAAAAGAGUUUAACUACAGCAAGGUUUACUUCGAGAUAAUGCAAGACAAGGAAAUCAACGAAACGGAAUUGAAAAACUUCUACUAUUUGACCCUCCUGUGCGACCCUGACCUCGACAUAAGCAAACGAGCAAACAAAACAGUCGAUGAUCAAUUCUUCCAAGUCCUGGACCAAGUCAAACUAAACGUGGAGUCAAUUUUGCAUUUUUGCAACUUUAUGGGGAAAUUCUACAGUUGCGACAAACUUUUCACCCCGAUUUUGAUCGAUCAGGGAGUUUGCUACUCGUUUAAUAAUCUAGGGCGCGACGAGUUGUUCAAAAAGCACGUUUUCCACUACUCAGACUAUUACCACGUGCCUAACAACUCGCACAACGCCUACGACACGGAAAAGGGCUACGAGACCAACUCCGGGGUGGACACGCACCCUAAACGGGCCCUAAUGUCCGGAGCCGACAACUCCCUGACCGUUUUCUUCAACUACGACACUGCCGACACCGACUUCAUUUGCAACAGUUUUUUGCAAGGAUUUCGAGUUUUGAUUCAUAAUCCCUGGGAUGUGCCACGUCUCACCAAACACUAUUUCCGAAUUCCGGUGAGCAAAGUCGUAGUGGCUGCGAUUGAACCGGAAAUUGUCAAAACCUCGAUUGAGGUCCGGAAAUUUCCCCCGGAAAAACGCAAGUGCUACAUGAACAACGAACGGCCCUUGAAACACUUCAAAAAUUACACCCAACCCAAUUGCUACCUCGAAUGUUUGACCAAUUACACGCUACAUGAGUGUGGCUGUGUGCAAUUUUUUAUGCCCAGAGACAACUUGACUGCCAUUUGUGGCAGCGGCAGUGGGAGUUGUUUGAUAAGAGCCGAAGAAAAACUCAAAUUGAAAGACUUGGAAUUUAAAAUUUUGGGACAGACUUUCUGUGAUUGCAAACCUUCGUGUACCAAUUUGAGGUUCAAUAUGGAAACAUCUCACAGCGAUUUCUACUACAAGGAGUAUUUUGAAGCACAUUUGAACAUGAAAAUUGAUGAUGACGGGACACACUGGUCCGUUCUACAAAUCUAUUUCAAAGACGAGCAAUUUAUAACUUUGGAGCGGAACGAAUUAUAUGGAAUCACAGAUUUGAUUGCCAGUUUUGGCGGCCUUUUGGGCCUUUUUACCGGCUUCUCGUUAGUUUCAUUGGCUGAAAUUAUUUAUUUUUGUAGUGUUAGGAUUAUUUGUAAUCGGAGAUUGUACGGUCGUUGGUCAGGGCCCUAAAAUGUAGUCAAGUACUUAGUAAAUAUUAAAUAUUUGCUACAUGGUUAUUUUAGUCUAUUCUGG